UACACUCACACUACACAUCUACUCCUGUCACUCAGCAGCCACUUUAGUUUUGUCUCUCUCUCUCUCCCACCCUAUAAAAUCUCACUCUCAUCAUUAACUCUCCACAUAAAACUUCCCCACUCACCAAACUCAAACCCACAAAAUGAACCAGGCUCAGCUCUUCAGACCACCAGAGACUCCCAUGGAGCCCAUGGAGUUCUUGUCUCGUUCUUGGAGUGCCUCUGCUCUUGAACUCUCUAAAACUGUGACCCCACCUCCUCCUUUCCUCCCCAAGACCAACGCUGCUAGUGGUGGCACCAUUUUCGAGGACUUGGCUGGUGAGUUGGAGGAAAUGGCCAUGGUUUCUGGCAACCCUUUCUCCUUUGCUUCUUCUCAGACUUCUCAGCUCAUUAUGGAACGUAUCAUGUCUCAGUCUCAAGAGGUGUCACCAAGAACAUCUGGGAGACUUUCACACAGCAGUGGUCCUUUGAAUGGUUCUCUCAGUGAUAGUCCCCCUGUCUCUCCUUCUGAAUUGGAUGACCAUAAGUUUAGUCGCAUGAAUAAUUCCGUAAACAGCCAAUUUAGAGGCGGAACUCUUGGAGGCCCUGUCCCUGCUGGAGGUGGAAAGACAGUUGGAAGGUGGUUGAAGGACAGGCGAGAGAAAAAGAAAGAGGAAGCAAGGGCUCAAAAUGCACAGCUCCAUGCAUCUAUUUCGGUGGCUGGGGUUGCUGCUGCUAUUGCAGCUAUUGCUGCUGCAACAGCUGCUUCAUCUGCGACGGGGAAAGAUGAGCAUAUGGCUAAAACUGACAUGGCUGUGGCAUCGGCCGCGACACUAGUUGCAGCCCAAUGUGUUGAGGCAGCAGAGCAAUUGGGUGCGGAACGUGAUCAUCUAGCAUCAGUUGUUAGCUCAGCUGUUAACGUUCGGUCAGCUGGUGAUAUCAUGACAUUAACUGCUGCUGCUGCAACUGCUCUGCGAGGUGUGGCCACCUUGAAGGCUAGAGCACUAAAGGAUGUAUGGAAUAUAGCUGCAGUGAUCCCUGUGGAGAAGGGAAUGAAUAAUAGUGGCCAUGGUGGGAGUAAUAGUUCCAAUGGUAGUUUUAGUGGUGAGCUUGUCCCUGAAGAGAAUUUCCUUGGUAUCUGCAGUCGAGAAUUACUCGCCAGAGGCUGUGAGCUCCUCAAGCGCACACGUAAAGGUGAUCUGCACUGGAAGAUUGUAUCUGUUUAUAUCAACAGGAUGGGCCAGGUGACUUUGAAGAUGAAGAGUAGACAUGCUGCAGGGACCAUCACAAAAAAGAAAAAGAAUAUAGUGCUGGAGGUGAUUAAAGAUAUGCCAGCUUGGCCAGGUCGCCACUUGCUCGAGGGUGGCGAACACCGGCGGUACUUUGGACUGAAGACGGUGUCGCGCGGACUGGUGGAGUUCGAGUGCAAGAAUCAGAGGGAGUGUGAUAUAUGGACUCAAGGUGUUUCAAGGCUGCUGGGAAUUGCUGGUGAAAAGAACAGGCAGAAAAUUUGAAGUUUGUGGUAUAAGAAUUUGCAAAUGGGACAACUGGGAAUAGUUUUAUAUAUAGAUGUGUAGGUGCUUAAGUAUUUAACCAUCUGCUUUUGGAAUUUGUUGGGGGAUUCUCAGUUUGUAUAAAAGGUGAAAAUUAAAGUAUUAAGUUAUCCAAAUUAGCGGCUCCGCUUUCUUUUGAA